AUGCAGAGUCCCCCUGAUGGCUUGGCCCUUGGCUCAUGGCUCAAUCGCCAAGAUAGUUUACAGGAUGUCCAUGAAAAUGAGAUCGAGUCUAACUGGGACCAGGUUGUAGACAACUUCGAUAACAUGGACCUCAGAGCCGAACUUCUUCGUGGCGUCUAUGCAUAUGGUUUUGAGCGCCCUUCUGCAAUCCAGCAACGCGCCAUUGUCCCUGUCGUCAAAGGUCACGACGUUAUCGCGCAAGCUCAGUCUGGGACUGGCAAGACCGCGACUUUCUCCAUUUCUAUUCUUCAAAAGCUUGACAAAAGCCUCAAGGCUACUCAAGCACUCAUUCUCGCGCCAACGCGCGAGCUUGCACAACAGAUUCAAAAAGUUGUCGUCGCACUUGGCGAUUACAUGGAUGUGGAGUGCCAUGCUUGCAUUGGAGGCACCAAUGUCCGUGAUGACAUUCAGAAACUCCAGGAGGGUGCCCACGUAGUCGUCGGAACGCCUGGUCGUGUCUACGAUAUGAUUAACAGAAGAGCGCUCAAGACCGACCACAUCAAGGUUUUCUGUCUCGAUGAAGCCGAUGAAAUGCUUUCGCGCGGUUUCACGGAGCAAAUCUACGAAGUUUUCCAACUUCUGCCCGCCGAGACACAGGUUGUGCUCUUGUCCGCUACCAUGCCCGCGGAUGUGCUUGAUGUCUCCAAAAAGUUCAUGCGUGACCCUAUCAGGAUUCUUGUGAAGCGUGACGAGUUGACCCUCGAGGGUAUCAAGCAGUUCUACAUCGCCGUUGAAAAAGAGGAAUGGAAGUUAGACACGCUUUGCGAUUUGUACGAGACCGUCACUAUCACUCAAGCCGUCAUCUUCUGCAACACUAGGCGGAAAGUUGACUGGCUGACGGAAAAAUUGCAUCAACGCGAAUUCACUGUCUCCGCGAUGCACGGAGACAUGGAGCAGAAAGCACGCGAAGUGCUCAUGAAAGAAUUCCGUUCCGGAUCGUCCCGUGUUCUCAUCACCACGGACCUGCUCGCGCGUGGGAUUGAUGUGCAGCAGGUAUCGCUUGUCAUUAACUACGAUCUUCCAUCCAACCGCGAAAACUAUAUCCACCGCAUUGGUCGUGGUGGACGGUUCGGACGGAAGGGUGUGGCGAUCAACUUCGUUACCACUGAAGAUGUUAGGAUGCUUCGUGAGAUUGAACAGUUUUACAACACCCAAAUUGAUGAAAUGCCUUUGAACGUCGCCGACUUGAUUUAGAUUCCCUCUAUUUUUGACGAGCCAGAUUAAUACCGCAACUAAAGCAUCGCAGCCCAUCUUCGCUUCUGUUUCUGAAAAGUAAUCUUCUUGAUACAUCCACUCACCGUUGCCCCUAUCAACUUUCGAAAUUGCCUUAACUGACUAUGCCUCCGAACUCUGCAUCCGCAUUACGCACUCAAGCUCAUUUCCGCUCAAUGGCACCACACACUCGCCAUUCAACGUCGCAAAGGGUGUAUGAGUCACCGGUCGACGUAAUUAAACGACUGAAGACGUUGAUAGAGAUUGUUCUGUUUUCCCUUUUUUCUCCUUUCAUUCUUCUGAUGGUUUGGGCAUGCAUUUACUCGUUUUCGCACUUUGUGACGGUGGCUGGCGUUGUCAAAAUUGCUGUAUCUUCUGCCUUAAUGUCUCGUCCUCUUUUAGUUUUUUCUUUCACCGC